UUACAAUACUUGUGGCCACAGUCUUCGCUUUUGUAUCAUAUCUGUGGAGUGAUUAGUGGACUGGCCAUCCGCAAUGGAUUACUCCGCUACCUGGAGCUGUCGGAAACCAGAAUACGGUCACUAGAUAGAAUAUUCAUUUGCUUUGGAACUCUUCCUGUAGCUCGGUUUAUACCCUCUCGGCAGGAAGGAUCUGGGCUGUACAUUGCAAAUUAUGGAGCACAUGACAGACUUCCAUUCUCUUAUACAAAUGUACAGGGGCCAAACCUGUUUACUGAUAUGUCAUUGGAUGGGAUGGCUGCACAGACUGCAUCCCAUGGCCAUAUUCAAGACACUUCUGUUUGGUUUGGACGUGAUGAGACACUGGAAGAGGCGAUGUUGGAAGCUGGCAUUCUGGCAUCUUUAAGGGAAUAUGAGCAACAGGAAACACAGAGACAUGAACUAACCUUGAACAAAUCCAGUGUGUCAGCACUUAGGCUUCAGCAACUAGAACGCAUGGGAUUUCCCACAGGACCUGCAGUUGUUGCAUUAGCAGCAACAGGGAAGGUAGAAGGUGCAGUGUCCCUUCUUGUAGAAGGACAGGUUGGUGAAGACAUUGCAGUGAACACUGAAAGACAGACUGGCAGUGGACUGCAAACCUCAUCUGACACACAGCAAUUAAACCUAUGA